GUCCCGCCCCCCGGAUCUCCGGCUUCCGGCAACUUGAAAGGGCACGAACGUAAGCCGAACAACUGAGUCCGGAGCCUUCCCGGGACCCGCUGGACUCCGAGGCCCCCGAGAUGAGAAAACUGAGGCCCCGAGGAGCCCACAGUCACACAGCGAGGAGAAGCAGAAUCGGGAAUCAAACCCAGACCUCUGCACAUUUUCUUCUUACUAAUUGGGAGAAGACCCACUGGCUGAAUGGCAGCUGUAGAUGACUUGCAGUUUGAAGAAUUCGGUGAUGCAGCCACUUCAGCAGCAAACCCCGGUGCCACUAUGAUACACAUCGAGGGUCCUAGUGAGAGCCCGACACACCAACCAGGACUCCCCAGAGGCUCAGGGGGUGAAGAGGACGAUGACUUGCUGGGGAACGAUGACUCUGACAAAACUGAGUUACUUGCUGGACAGAAGAAAAGCUCCCCCUUCUGGACAUUUGAAUACUAUCAAACAUUCUUUGACGUAGACACUUACCAGGUCUUUGACAGGAUAAAAGGGUCUCUUUUGCCGAUACCAGGGAAAAACUUCGUGCGGCUGUAUAUCCGCAGCAAUCCUGAUCUUUAUGGCCCCUUUUGGAUCUGUGCCACACUGGUUUUUGCCAUAGCAAUUAGUGGGAAUCUUUCCAACUUCUUAAUCCAUCUGGGAGAGAAGACAUACCAUUAUGUGCCUGAAUUCCGAAAAGUGUCCAUAGCGGCCACCAUCAUCUAUGCCUACGCCUGGCUGGUUCCUCUGGCACUCUGGGGUUUCCUCAUGUGGAGAAACAGCAAAGUUAUGAACAUCGUUUCCUAUUCGUUUUUGGAGAUUGUGUGCGUCUAUGGAUAUUCGCUCUUCAUUUAUAUCCCCACAGCAGUACUGUGGAUCAUCCCCCAGAAGGCUGUUCGGUGGAUUCUAGUCAUGAUUGCCCUGGGGAUCUCAGGCUCUGUCUUGGCAAUGACGUUCUGGCCAGCUGUUCGUGAGGAUAACCGGCGCAUCGCCCUGGCCACAAUUGUGACAAUUGUGUUCCUUCACACGCUGCUUUCUGUGGGCUGCUUGGCAUACUUUUUUGAUGCGCCAGAGAUGGACCACCUCCCAACAGCUACAGUUGCUCCAAACCAAACAGUUGCGGCAGCCAAGUAGCUGAAGAGGAAAUUCUCUUUUCUGGUUUUUGAAGUGUGGUUCUUUGGGACAUGGCAUCUACUGCAGGGAAGCAAGCCAGCGGGAAAACUGAUGGCAUGGCCCACCCUCCGGCAGCUGUAAGGUGCCACGCUGAAGUCUCAUCACCCAAUUUAACAAACAGUAACUAAAUGUUGUUCAGUCCAUGUGUCUUUCGGCUCUUCUUUCUCACCUGUCAGUUAUCGUUGUAACUAUGCACCGAUUUAGGACAAAAUACAAGGGAACGUGGGAGGUGUGCCUGCCAUCUGCCUCUCGCUGUCCUGGGAUGCCCUUAACAUGUGAAAUGGAUCCAUCCUAACGUCUGUUGACUUUCUUCGGAAUUGUAUACAGAUGAUCCUCUAAGGUGAUCCUCUUCUCUCCAGUGCUUGCCAUCGUAAACUGACCGAACUGUAUGAACUUUGGUUUGGAUUCAUUGGGAGCCUGAACAAUUUGUCUAUGGUGACUUGACACUGGGCAACCAAACCUGAUUGUUGCAAAAUAAAUACCUCAUAGAAUGUCUGUCUGCA